AUGGCGAUUGAUACAGAGCAGUCUUCGACCGAUGUCGAAAAUGAGCAGAAUGAAUGGAAUGGAACGCAGUCAAAGCCGCCAGAGACGAUAGGCUUUUUUCACCCUGAUCUGAAGGAUCAGCGCGGCAGGGCAUACCGGCGAUGGGCAUUGACAAUUCUCGGCCUCGGUGUGUACAUACUCACUGUUCUAUCGCUGUACUGGGGCGCGUUGUUCACUGUAUACGACAAUUUACCGAAAUUGACUGUCUGGAUCGUUGAUUUUGACGCCAAAAUAGCCCCAUAUAAUGUAACGACGACUACGCCAGUUGUCGGACCAUUCAUCACUAAUGCGUUUGCAAAUCUGAAUCCGCAGACGGCGGGCAAUCUCGGCUGGACAGUCAAGCCUGCAGCGGACUUUGACUAUGACCCGGUUGCAGUGCGACAAGGUAUUUACGAUGAAAAAGCAUACUUGGCAAUUAUCGUCAAUGCCAAUGCGACGACUCUUUUGCAAGAGGCGGUCAAGAAUGGAAACUCCUCGUAUGACCCAGCCGGCGCGGGUCAAAUCAUAUACAAUACGGCUCGAGAUGCGACGACGAUAACGACAUAUGUUCUUCCGGCAUUACUAGAUGUGUUGUUUCCGCUGCUCGGCGACUUUGGCAAGGAAUGGGCUUCGAUUCUGGCCCGCAACGCGUCGACGCAAAACGUUUUUCAGACGCCGCAGGCCGUCAAUCCGGGGAUAGGGUUCAGUUUCAUCGACUUGCGACCGUUCACACCUGCCACCUCCCUACCUGCAAUCACGAUUGGACUGAUCUAUUUGAUCAUCAUUUCAUUCUUCAGCUUUUCAUUCCUCAUGCCUAUACAUGGGAUGUUUAUGGCCAAUAAAGACCACGCACCUAUAUUCAAGGCGCAUAUUCUCAUCUGGCGAAUAACAUCAAGCAUAGUGGCUUACUUCUUCCUGUCGCUGUUCUACUCUCUGGUCUCGCUCGCAUUCCAAAUCCCAUUUUCGAAUAACAGCGCGUCGUCCACAGAAGGCGCAUUCAACGCAAAUGCAUACGGCCGAGCAUCGUUUGUGGUGUAUUGGAUGCUCAACUGGGUGGGCAUGACUGCACUAGGUCUUCCGAGUGAGAAUAUGGCUAUGGUCUUGGGGAUGCCGUAUGCGUCGUUGUGGUUGGUGUUUUGGGUUAUCACGAACGUGGCGACGUCGUUUUAUUCGAUUGUGUUGGAGUCUGAUUUUUACCGUUGGGGGUAUGCCUGGCCUUUGAACAGAAUCGUUCACGGCUCUCGAACCAUUAUUUUCGACACCCGAUCCGGAAUCGGCGAAGACUUCGGUAUCCUGUUCGCCUGGUGCGCAGUCUCGAUAGCACUUUUCCCCUUUGCGUCGUGGUUUAUGCAAUGGAAGACCAGACGAUCGCAGCGCAAACAACAAUAA